CAAAUUCAGUUCACUCCGACUAAACAACCCGAUCCCUUUUUUUUUUUUUCUCUCUUCGUUCUCUAAUCCUCUGCGGUCGACUGUACAUACAAUCUUUAUAAACCCUCCAAUCACAUUUCGCCACGUCAUCAAUGCUCUGUUCGGCGCCGGGCGCCGGCAAGUCCGGUUCGAACUGGCUCAGCCGGCUCCGGUCCAACAAGGGCUUGCCUACAGCCGAAGACCUCGACCUCGAUCACUUCCUCACCCAAAACCCUAACUCGUCUUCUUCCGAGUCAGCUCAGUUGAACUCGGCGACGACUCGGUCAGAGCCUCGAGGAGUUACCAAUCGGAAUCGGGAAUGGGUCGGCGCAAUGAACAAUGUUCUGUCGGAGCUCUUCUUCAUGGAUGGGUCCGACGAACGUUCCAAACUUUCCGGGGAAAAAAUUCCCAGGAAACAAACGAACCCCAGAGUCUGCGCGGCGUCGAUGGGCAACAACAACAGCAAUAACACCGUCAACAGUAACUCCAGCGGCGUUGUGGCGGUGACGGCGUCGUUUAAUUCGGAUAGUAACAGUCUGAGACGGAGGAAAAAAGGGAAUGCGCGUGUUAGGAGAUUUGAAGUUGUUGAUGAUGGUGAUGGUGAUGAUGAUGUGGGUGAAGAAGAAGUAGAAGAAGAGAAUGAGGAGAUGAAUCUUAAGGGUUAUUCGAGGAGUGAAGUGACUGUGAUUGAUACUAGUUUUGGGUGUUGGAAGUCGGAGAAGCUGGUUUUCAGGAGGAAGAAUGUGUGGAAAGUUAUGGAGAAGAAGUGUAAGUUGAGGAGUUUUGGGAGGAAGAAGAGGAAAGAAGGAGAAAAUGAUUUGUCUUGGGGAGCUUUUCAAUUGAAGAAGAAAGCUAAAGCUUCACCUUCCCAUCAUGCCAUUAAUGGUGGUGAUCGAUCUAUAAAGCCUUCAUCAGAUGAAGGACAGAACUUUAGAAAAAACUCUCACAGAGAACUUUACAAAGCCACCGCGGAGAACCUGAAUACUACGAGGGAAGAAGUCAGUACUGAAUCACCGGAUAAUCUUAGCCAAGAUUUCAGAAAAAGGCAAGAGUCUCGGCUAUCCAGCUCGCCUAGAAAAAUGAAGAAGGGAGGCUCAUCAGUUGUCCUUGUAAAAGGCAUUCCAACAGGCAAGAAAAAGGCAGUAAUGCUUUCUCCAAACUGUCCCAAGAGCACUCAAAGACUACAUAUGGACAACAACUCCCCCAGGAAGUGAGUGGUCUUUAUUCAUAAAACAGAUGUUGAGAGUGGUCUUUGUGCUGAUUUGCACAGCCCAUUGAACAUGCUGUGAUUAGUUAAAUAUAAAAAUUUAUUUUUUGUUCUGUCUCAUUUGUUUGUUUUGAUAAAAUCAAUUUUCUGUCCUAUUGGCAAAACCAUUGUGCUCUGUUAUUCUUUUGACAUAUUCCUUGUAAAUAUGUUGAUUGGGACAAUUAAUGUACAAAUACAUGCUUGGGGCCUGAUCUUGCUGACCCCACAUGGCAAAGUAUACUGUAUCACUAGCACUCUUGGAAAAUGAACAAGUUCUUGCCAA